AUGGCAACGCUGCUCCUGGAUUCCCAGGCAUCCGCAGCAUUUGACAACGCCAAGGGAAAGAACACAAGCAGCCCAUCAGGCACGCACCCGCGCAGUAUCUCAAACAUGUCCCAGUUCAAGGAUAUAAUGAAGAACGGGUGGCAUCCGGAGAAGUCGGGAACGGGAAUUCGGGGCUCCAUGUCUGGCCUCAUGGGUCGCAAUAAAGAUGACAAAAACGACAGCAGCUCCAACCACGUUGCUCGUCCACUGAGCCAUCUCAAGGACCCCGAGUCAUUUGCGCCGCCGCCCAAACGAAGCGGUUCUGGUCUUUUGCCCGCGCCAAAACCAGUCCCGCCCGAGCGCAAGGUCGUCACGUCUCCGUCAAAAUACGCUGAUCCUAGAGCUGGGCCGGUCGAGCCGCCGCCGAGGGACACGGGAACCGGCCUGGCGAGUGCUGAGGCCUCGCCGACAAGGGAGGCACAGCGCAACGAUGCAGGGAAUCGCCUGAGGCCGUAUCAAGCCAAUACCACGGGACUGUCGACGGGUAACCUGCCCAAGCCGCCGGGGAGGAGGGACGGCGCAGAUGGCAGGAGUCCGCCAUCCUAUGACGAAGCGACUUCUGGGGCGGCUGUGCCGUUGGCACGCCCGCCGGGUUUGCCGCCUCGGUUACCGCCGAGAGUUCCCCCUGGAGGGGGCGAAAAGGACGGCCGAAGAGACGAGAGAGCUGUGGAUAGGCUCGAGGCGGCGGGCGUUUCUGUCCCAGCACUGGGUAUUGGUCGUGCCGGGGCCGCCCAUUCAACCUCGCCAAGUCCUCCGCCUGCAUCGGCACGAGCUUCAUCUUUGACCCAAGCUGGAGCUGGUGGUUGGGUUGCCCAAGCCAAGCAGCUCCAAGGGCAUUUUGCCGAAAAGAGCACCCAGUCAAUGACAUCAUCCGCCCGGGAACAAGAGUCCGGUCAGGGCACUACGUGGGCUCAGAAGCAGGCAGCUCUCGAGACGGCGUCCGCCUUCCGAAAGGAUACAUCUUCAGUUUCCUUGUCCGAUGCCAAGGCUGCGGCUAGUACCGCCAACAACUUUCGACAACGUCACGGGGCACAAGUUGCCGCAGGUGCCAAGGCAGCCAAUAAUUUCAAUCAAAAGUACGGCAUCUCGGACAAGCUUGGUGCGUUUGCCGGCUCGCCGACCACGCAGACGACACAGAAGAAAUUCACGCCGCCGCCGUUGCCUGGUCCGAGCCAAACGUAUACAGGUGCCGCGAAUGAUGCUGCUCAAGCGGCGGCUCCAGGGCUGGCUGGUAGGAAGAAGCCACCGCCACCUCCUCCUAAAAGGAAGCCAGUCCUUGCUGCUGCCGCCGCUGCUGCUGCUGCUGCCUCGAACCAUUCGUCUGCUUCGCAGGGAGAUGCUGAUGGGCCCCCUGCGAUCCCAAUGUCCACGAGGCCGCAGUUUUAA